GGAGGAGAGCAGCCCGGCGGCACCAGUCCCCCUCUUGCAAGUCCCGAGCCCCAGCAGCACCAUGAAGGUCUUGGUGGCCGCCCUGGCUGCUCUCCUGCUCGCCGCCCUCUGCUCCCCGGCCGAGGCCCAUCUUGACGGCGUCCCCACGUCCUGCUGCUUCAGCUACCAGCUCCGACCCAUCCCGCGGGGCCUCAUCGCCUCCGCCUACGUCUCCAACAGCAACUGCACUCAGCCGGGAGUGAUCUUCGUCACCAAGAAGCAGCGGGAGAUCUGCGCCGACCCCCAGGCCGCCUGGGUCCGGGCGCACCUCAAACACUUCCAGGCGAAGCAGAACUGAC